AUGGGCUCGUUCGAUCAGAAGUGCGUGCGCGUGCUCGAUUUUCAGACCCGACGGUCGUUGCAAGAGCUGGUGGGCCACACCGGGGGCGUGAUGUCCCUCAAAUUCGACCGCAACAUCCUGCUCUCGGCCUCGCGCGAUCGCACAGUCAAGAUGUGGGACAUGACGACCGGCGCCAACGCGGCCACGUUCACCGAGCACGUGGCGUCGGUGUGGUGUCUGGACUGGGACGGCGGGUUCAACUGCGUGUCGGGAUCCGAGGACAGGCUGGUCAAGCUGUGGGACCUCAAGUCGGGCAAGUGCAUCCACACCUACACGGGCCACACGAAGGGCAUCGGAUCCAUCACCUUCGAUUCGCGAUACGUGGCCUCCGGGUCGCGAGACAAGACGAUUCGAUUGUGGGACCAGAGGAUGCGACGGUGCCUGCACACGUACAAGGGCCACACCAACUCCGUGCGCUGCCUCAGCUUUGACGAACGAAAGCUCGUGUCCGGGUCGUGGGACAACACAAUCAAGAUAUGGGACUUGGUGACGGGCGAGCAGACCAAGAACCUGAAGGGCCACACCGAUCGCGUACUCACGCUACAGUUCGAUGACUACAAAAUAGGUCACAACUAUCCUCUCGCACACAUUCAAUUCGACGAAAGCAAGAUUAUCAGCGGGUCGCGGGACCUUACGGUGCGGGUCUGGGACUUCUCCUGA